AUGAAGAAUAUUGGUAUACUUCUUCUGUUUAUAUCUGUUGUUUUAUCAACAACAAAUGAAAUAGCUAAUGUAGAUAUUGAUAUUACAACAGCAUAUCCAGGAAUUAAAAUGGAUAUAACAGUAACAUCAGAACAACCACUUCAUUCGUAUGCUUUUUAUCUUCCUAAGUCAUAUGAAAUUUCAAGUUUAGUAUUCUUAAAUAAAGAAACAGAGAAAGAACUAACAUUUACAACUCAUAAUGAAACAGAAUAUACUCAAUUUAUUGUUGAAUUUGAAGAUACACCUAAAAUCUCUCUUACAAUGGCUUAUAUACAAAUUAAUAAUUAUCUUCCUGUUCCAAAAUUUAUUAGUCAAUUUGAUUCACAAGAAUUCGAUUAUACUCUUCUUCUUUGUCCAUUAACUCAAUCAAAAACUAAAUCAUGUCAAGUUCUUCUUCAUCAUUAUGAUAAAUUAAAAGUUAUCUCUGACACAAAACAUAGUACUAUUAAAAAUACUACUGCUUUUGGUCCUUUUGAUGAUUUACCUCCAAUGGAAUUAAUUGAAACAACUGUACAUUCAAAUUCAUUACCUCAUAUCAAAGUUAAUAAAAUGAUACAUACCGUUGACUUACCAACAAUAUCUUCUUUUGUUAAAGUUGAAGAUUGGUUUGAAGAUUUCACAAAUGAAGGUGCUCAAUUAUCUAGUGGAUUUUCUAGGUUUGACUUCCAACAAAAUAUUGGUAAUUCCCCAAAUGCAAUUGGGUUCUUUGAAAUUAAUUUAAAUACCCGUGCAUCAUCCAUUCAAUAUAAAGAUACUUCUGGAAAUAUUUCUACUUCUUCUUUACUUCUAAAUGAUGAUAAUUUAGUUUUAGUAGCACUUCCUAGAUAUCCUUUAUUAACUGGUUGGAAAACAGAAUUUAUGAUUGGUUAUAGUCUUCCCAAUGAAGUUGUUAUUUCUAAAGGUAAAGCAAUCAUUACUUUACCAUCUAUUAAAACUGCUAUGGCUAAAGAAGUUAUUGUUCGUGUGUAUCUUCCAGACAGUGCCAAAUAUCUGAAAGUAGAAGGAAAAAAUAUUGAGAAUAUUGAAGUGAAAGAUUGUGAUGCCUUUUUAUCUUUUGCUGAACGUAAAGAAGUUUUAAUUACAAUGAAGAAUAUUAAUAUAAUGGACAAAGUACAAUUAAUAUUAUAUUAUGAAGAAUCAAUAAAUGGAUCAAUAAGCACAUUUAUUGUCUUUGGUUGUUAUGUCCUUCUCUUCUUCUUAGGAUUCUUCCUGUUCAUUAAGUACUCUGCUUGA